AUGGACCUUGUCAUUUUGGUAGCCAUGUUGGUCCUCUGCUUCUGCAUAUCCACAGUCAAAGUUGAAGCACAAUCUCUGCGUCUUGCUUCUGCAGAAGCGGAGAACAGAGUGCUAAAUGCAAAAGUUGGUCUUUUUGAUUGGGAAUUGGUAGAACAUUUUAGCCUUUCUAGUGUUACUGUGUUAGAGCACUCCCAGUUCAAUGUUUUUGAAGCACUAAAAGAAAUAGCAACACAAGUGGGAAAAAAAGACUGGAACUUCAGCAUAGAUCCAUGCAGCAAUGAUACAAAUUGGGCUACCCCAAAAUCUGCUGACUUGCCUUUAUACAACAACACUGUCAUAUGCAACUGCUCCUACCCUGAUGGUUUCUGCCAUGUUGUCAGCAUUUUUCUUAAAGGGCAAGAUCUUGCUGGUGUAGUUCCACCAUCUGCUGCAAAGUUACCCUACCUAACAAGAGUAGAUUUUACCAGGAACUACCUUACCGGUACUAUACCGCGUGAAUGGGCUUCUACAAAGUUGGAAUAUCUGUCCAUUACUGUGAACAAUUUAUCAGGACCAAUCCCUGGCUACUUGGGAAACAUAAGCACCCUAAUAUAUAUGAGCUUGGAGAAUAACAACUUUUCUGGAACUGUUCCUCCUGAGCUUGGGAAAUUGGUUAACUUGAACAAUCUCAUUCUUAGUGCAAACAAUCUCACAGGAGAGUUGCCACUGGCUCUUACUAAUCUGACUAAGUUAACAGAACUUAGGAUUAGCAGUAACAACUUCACAGGAAGAAUACCUGAUUUUAUUCAAAGCUGGAAGCAACUUCAGAAAUUAGAGAUCCAAGCUAGUGGUCUCCAAGGGCCCAUUCCGUCUAACAUUUCUGCCUUGAGUAAUUUAACAGAACUAAGGAUCAGUGACAUAAAUGGAACGGGUUCAGAAUUUCCACCCUUGAGUAGUAUGACAGGCAUGGGAAGUUUAGAUCUCAGCUUCAACAGAUUGGAAGGAGACAUCCCUGAUUUAUUAGCGACCCUGACAAACUUGCAGUACUUGUAUCUAACAAGCAACUUGCUUACUGGGUCUAUUCCAGACUGGAUCAAGAACAGAGAUAGUCAUUACCAGUUAGAUGUUUCGUACAAUAAUUUUUCUCAGAGCUCUGAGCCAGCUUCUUGUAGAGAAACCCU